AUGUACGUAGUAUUUAUCUAUCAACCUAUUACUUUGUCUAUCUAUCCAAAUAAAGAAAGAGAGAUAGGUGUAGAUAAUACAAUAAUACACAGACCAGACUUAGUACGUGUAAAAGCUACCAUCUUUGUAUUAUUAGCUACUACUGUAGUAGUCAAUUCACAACAACCAUCACUUGACGUUUGUUAUUCACAGACUGAGGUUAGUGAUGGAGUUGCUACUUAUUAUGAAGAGGUUGAUGGAGGAUCAUGUUCAUUUGGACCACUUUUUGGAGAGACUGGACCAAAAACACCAUAUAUUGCAGCAUUGACAUCGGCCUGGUUCCAAGGCUCUUCACAAUGUGGUAUUUGUUAUGAAAUAACAUCACCAUACACAAACAAAACCAUUACUGCAAUCGUAACUGACCAAUGUCCAACAUGUGAGAAUCAACAUCAAUUUGAUUUGUCGGUCGAUGCCUUUGUAGAAUUGGGUGCAAAGGAUAUUGGUGUGUUGAAAGAAUUAACCUAUAGAAAGGUUGCUUGUCAAAACAUCAAUGGUAAUGCAAAGAUCAAGGUAAAGGAUGGUUCAAAUCAAUGGUGGGCUGCUUUUAUGGUAUACAACACCAAGGUUGGUGUGUCAACUGUCAGCGUCACUCUUGCUGGAUCUACAACCCCACAAUCAUGUGUAAGAAAAGAUUACAACUAUUUUGUAUGUGAUUACGAUUUUACAGGUGGAAAGUUUGUAGUUACUGUCACCUCUGAAUUGGGUCAAGUAGUCACUCAAUCUAUCGAAACCGUCCAGGAAAAUCAAAUCAUCGAAUUGAGUGAACAAUUUAGUAUUGGAGAAUGUAAAGGUGCUAAUCUUUUAUACACUGGUGUUUCUCCUGCUUCCACUAUACUAUCAAAUAAUAUUUUAAUCAUUGUAUCAUUAUUAUUAUCAUUACUUUCUAUUUUCCUUUUCUAA